AUAUAAUGUCAUUGUACACCAUGUGCACAGCUAGCUAGGAAUAUUCCAUGACGUGCUCUCUAUUGUCAUUGACGUGUAAUGGUGUAUGGCCAGGGUCGCCUUUCUCCGGCAUCAGCUUUGAGUUUGAGCUACCCAAGCAGGAUCGGAAGGUAACAAUCGUCACGUAGAACCACGCCGUUACAUUAUACCAUCGUUUUAGUUCGUAGUCCACUGCAUUCAGUGUUUGUUUGUGCAUUGCACAGCGUAUGGCAUGCUGCAAGUAGUAGAUGGCUGGCUCUGCAUUGGUACGAUCAACAAGCAAGUGUGUCCGCCUUCUUCGUCUUUGGAAACUGACCGCCACUGUGUGGAUGUUCUCUCGCAGCUUUGCUUGAACUAAUUACGUACACAAAACAGCACUGUAGGGCUGUGCUCAAGUCAGUUUUCUUUGUCGUGGAAGUUAGCAAGGCAGCAUUGGAGGAUAUCUCUCAAUUUGUUCAACAGGUGUAACUGGAAGUUUCCACAGGGAAAAGGUGAAGCUGCUGAUGAGCUAUCGUCUUCUGGCCUAGUGGAAGUCGACGAUAAAACAAUGGAAGGGUGGUAUCACGACUGCAGCUUGAAUGCACUAGUACCACUAGUGCCUCCUGUCUGCGUGUGGACCGUGAGUGAUGGUGAUAGUAGUAAAGGCAGCCGGUCUAGUGUGAGCAGUAUGGCCAGGCACAGUUGUGUGCAUAACCGUGUUGAAGCCCCGUGCAGUGUGGCAGAGAAAAGCCAGCAGACAGACCUUAUUAAACGCUGUUGUAAUGCCACUGGUACUACUGGUUACACACAAGUUUUGCAGCCCGGUGAUGAUUGGUCUCGCUCACCAGUCGUCGCGCAGUUGGAAUCAGCGACAGGAGAUUCAAAUUCUGAUCGGUGCACGGCUAGCGCUUACGUGCAGCCUGCGCCCGUGUCUGAGGAUCUCCCUUCGUUAGAUCGGCAGCUGCCGGGCGGCCGCGGGUGCGAAACACCAAAUAUGGUUAUGCAGUCUCCAAGUGCGGAAUGUCGCCGUGACGACGGCAACGGCGAAGAUGGAGAUGAUGCUACGAGCCCUCACUGGCCUCAGCCGGCGCAAGACUGUGCGCUUCCUCAUCUUUCAGAACUACUACGUCGGGGAGAAGCAGCCCCCGAUCGUGCGAGCCACACCACAACACUUCUUCAGUCACACAUGGACAGCUGCCAAAAGAGCAUUGCGACUGGCGCUUCUGACACACAGGCCUUUGCUAGGUUUGAUGAACAACUCAACUCCUUUCCACCGAACGGCGUGCCUGCGGAAGGGUGUGCUUCCAGCGCCGUGCAAGAGCCACGUCUGCACAGUGACCCACCAUUGUUACAACGGCCCACUGAUUUGGACACACUGAGGGAAGGAGGAGAACCGACGCAGCGCGAUGUUACUGCUCUAAAAGGAGAUUACCUGCUAUCGUUUUCGCCUUCAUCUAUUGAAGAAAUGUUCCCGGACACACCACCAGCGACCGCCCCCACCAAUGCCACCGCAGCAGUAACAACAUCAGACUGUAACAGUGCGUGUAGUGAUUCCGACGUCAUUGAGGUGACCUCUGUACGCUCUGUGACACCUACGUGUAUCGACGCCGAUUCCAAUACUUCCACGUCACAAGUGGUGGACCUCACCGUCUCUUCGGUACAUAUAGACACUUCACCGGAUGUUGUGGCGCUUGAUGAUUUGGAGUCGCCGUCCUCACCUGUUGUAGUAGGCGACGACGUCAUUGAUAUCACCAGCCCAACACUUGCUGCUCGACCAUUGAAGAGAAAGCGAUUGGAACACGUGGCAGACUCCAGUUUGAGCGACCAGAAGACUAUUGCCGUUGAUGACCCGUCACCUGAGAGCAGCGACAUCGACGAUCUACCUGUGAUGGACUUUGUGAGGAAAGCGGGAGCUGCAAAAGCACGACGGCGUCCGGAAGAAAGCUCUCCUGUGGUGGCAACGAGCAGUAUGACCGGGCCGGAUAUUGGUCAAGCAUUCAACUUCGACUUCCCAAUCCCUACAUCUGUACACCAUCAUCAUCAACAGCAGCAGCAGCAACAACAACAACACCAUCCCUUAUUGGCCACAGGCCAUCGUGAGAAUACUGGUUCGACACAGCAACAACAACAACAACAAGAGAUGCGUGCUCCACAGCACGUGUUUGAAGGCGUGGCUGUGGAUGAACCAGGCCCAGUGUCGGCGGGGUUUGCACGACAACGCUCGGCUGUGCCGUCGUUGUCGCAGGCUCCCAGUCCUGUGCUUGACUAUACGCAAGACCUGUCUUCGUCUGAUGUUGCUGCCACUGGCCCUACUGCUGCCAGCACUGCUUCUAAUGCUACCAGGUGCAUUUCUGCGUCUUCUCAUCUAUUACGUCCAGCUACUUUAUCAGUACUCUGUGCACAAGUGGAGCAGCAAGAGCAGCAGCUGCUGCAGUAUCUGCAGGCGGAAUUUUCAGGGCAGCAGCAGCGGGAACAUUCCGAGCAGCGGCUGCUGAAGAUGCGACAAGAUAUGCAGGUGAGGGAUCAGCAACAACCACAACAACAGCAACAACAACAACAACAGCAACAGCAACAACAACAACAACAGCAACAACAACAACAACAACAGCAACAACAACAACAACAGCAACAACAACAACAACAAGGUGGACUCCAACUAGAUGACUACUCACUGGUGCCUUGCGGUCAGUUUUCAGCAUCCAGCCCCAGCAAUGCUUCACGUGCCCAUCUGGACAUGGGUUUAACUGGCCCCAGCAAUGCUUCACGUGCCCAUCCGGGCAUGGAUUUAACUGCCCCUCCUCCUCCUUUGCUGCGGUCGUCACUUUCAGGUUCUUCUCUGGGUGGAUCCCGCAGCCAUGCACCACAACACCUCAACUCUUCUCCUAUUGCACAGCUCACACAUCCGGAUGCCAGGCACAAUCAGCUAGGGCAACCUGUUGCUACUUCACCCAGCCAGGCAUCACACAAUCAACUCAUGCAAGGCGCAUUUGGUGGCAAUGAUCUGGCUGUCACUGCUGCUGCUGCUGCAAACCGUUCUUUGUUCAGCCAGCCGGCCCAGGCUGCAUCUGCAGCAAGCCCGAUGGGUUUGCAUCUGGGCUUGGCAUCGGGGGCUUCUCCUAUGAAUGCCACAAGCAAUGUCAGUCGCCGGGGGAGUCCCCUGGCUCCAGGCAGGCUCUUCAGCGGCCAAUAUCAGCGACUGAACUCCCGAAUUCCAGACUUGCCAGAGGUGUUGCAGGGCAGUUCAAACCCGCAGCAAUCAAUUUCACAGCCCCGGGACCACUCGCAGUCGCACUCUCUCCAGCAACUGCAUCAGCUACAGCAACAGUAUUCCGCCUCCUCCACCACUAGACCUGUCCUGUCUUACCAGUCAAACAGACUUCAUCAUCCUGUGGAAGCAGUCGACUCAGAACCACGCAUGCAACAUCACCAACAGCAGCAGCAACAGCAGUGGCGGCAACAGCAGCAGCAGCAGCAGCAGCAGCCGCCAUAUCACCUUGACCCAGUGGUGCCGCUCCAUAGCUUGCAUCCUGAAGUUGUAUCAUCCGUAAGUAGUUCUUCUGCGGAGCACAAUGCAGCUUCCCAUGACGUUAAUGCUGUUCCACUAGAGCCUGAGCCUGAGCAAGCAUCGGUACCAGAGCGGGACACGUCCCCGGUAGCACCACAAGCGCAAGGUAGCGCAGCAUCGUCGGAUGCGACCAGUUGUUCUAUCUGUCUCGAAGAACUGACAGAUAUCAAAAGGACUGGAGUGUCAAUCAUGACCCUAAUCUGUGGACAUCUGUUCUGCGAACCAUGUAUAGCCAGCGCCAUCAAGAGGAAACCCGGUAUAUGCCCCUUCUGCGCGGGUAAAGUGUCCAAGAAAUCCCCCUACCACCGGAUCUUCAUGUAGACGUGGUGUGCGCAGCAGGAGGUUGCUCGCCAUAAUAUGACCUAACAUGCUGCGUGUCGUGAGCGCAGGUCCCUCGUCAAAAUGAAACCGAACAUGCUGACCUUCUUUUUAAAAACAGUUCUAGAGCAGAUACGCUAACCAGUAGACAAGGCUUAAGGUUCAUGUGUGGUGGUGGGUAUAGAGCAGAGGACAAUUGUAUCGGUAGUCAAGUGCACGCGGCAGGGCUAGUUUCAUUGCCAGUUGCAUUGCCAGUUGCAUUGCCAGUUGGUGAUAUUGUGUAGAACAUUCAUACUAUUACUUCUGAGCAUCAGUGCCGCUGUAGAGAAUAGGAACAAGCUGAGCACGAACUCUUUGUGUGUCGUAGUCCCCUCCCCCAUGAACUCUUUGACUUUGUGUGUCGUAGCCCCCUCCCCCAUGAACUCUUUAUGUGUCAUAAUCCCCCCCCCCCCCCUCCCCCGCAUCCAAUCAUGAAAUUUAACACAAAAUCUGGUGUGUGAUAAAACUGAUCAUGAAAUGAUUGGUCGACCGCCUUUUCAUCCUACCAUGCUAGUAGUCUACCCUGUUACUGCAGUGUAGAUUUACUGUUCUGUGCUGGCGCUGCACCUAGCCUAGCCCCCCAGCCUUGUGUCUUGAAGCGAUAUCAUUAGACCCAGCGCAAUCCAUUCUAUCUUGGGUGUUCAAUCUUCACACUUUUUCUCUUUUCCAUAUCUUCAGAAUACUCCCAGUUUUAACUAACAUCUGUCAUCUGUCCUACUACCCCCCCCCCCCCCCAUUCACAUUCACAUCUGUCCUACUCGCUGUUAUACAACUCUGCAGCCCUGCUUUAUCUCCAUCUGUCCUAUUUCCCAAUUAGACCUUUCAGUUUGUGCCAGUAUACCUUCCGAUCCCUUUAAUCUGGGGAACAUUAUGCCUUUUAUUCUUUUUACAUGUUCUCCUGAUGAAUCUGGGGAACAUUCUGCCUUUUAUUCCCGUAGCUAUGCAGACCCUGGCGCUAGCCAGGGUCCACACAGCUUUAAUUCCCGUAGCUAUGUAGAAGACGUUACUUCAGUAACGUCUGGCGCUAGCCAGGGUCCACACAGCUUUAA